AGAGAAUGAUGAUUGAUGAAGAUGGUUAAGUGUAACUUAUCUCCCAAGGAACUCUUCUGGCAAAUACAGCGCAGCUAUGGCAACACCAGCAAGGAACAACCAUGCCUCUAGCGUGCAGAUUCAAGAACCAAGAACAAGAUCUCCUCUUCCUCCUUCUCCAAUCGCCUUCAAGGAACAACAAGGUAGACCACCUCCCACCACACAACAAACAAUAACCGGAAAACUCUUCAGAAACCUCUUCAAGGGUCUUCUCUUCUCACAACUAACCUUAACCUCACUCUUAGUAAUUGUCCUCACCAUUCGCGGUCUCAUCUUAGCAAGCUCACACCACUUCCACCCCAAGAAAUGGUAUCCUCCUUUACUAGCAUCCGUAGCCGUCUCUGGAGUUGCAUCUUUAACCUGGCAAUGCAUCUUUAUCUACAACCCAUCAAGAGCAGUCCGAGCAACGUUCUGGCUUAGCCCUAUACUCACUUGCUCGGUUGGCAUCUUGCUUGUUCUCAUUGGCUCAGCUGUAGAUGCAGGGGUAGGUGCUGUCUUUGUGCUUUUCGCCAUCACUCAGUCUUUAUACGGUUGCUGGAUCACUCCGAGGCUUGAGUACACGGACAAGAUACUAUCACUCUCCACAGCUUUUCCACCUCCAAGAACCAGAGAAGUAGUCACUUUAUCAAUAGUCAUUAGCGUGGUUUACUCUGGCUUCUUGGUGACUGGCAUAGGAGGUGCAGCUUCCACUAGAACAAAUCUAGACCUCUUGUUCAUAUCCGUAAUCUUGAUAGGGUUAGCAUGGACCAUGCAAGUUCUCAAGAACGCACAACAAGUUGCUAUUUCGCGUGCGAGAUACGUUAACUUUGCGCAUGGAGAAGAUAUGGACGCUUGGAGUGCGUUACACGUCACUGUGAAGCACUUGAUUGGUAGCAUCUGCAUUGGCUCGACGCUUGUUCCAACCAUUGUACUCAUCAGAGGAUCGAUCAGAAGCGUUAAUCUGAUGUCGGGGAGCAACGACGAGGUCAUGUAUUCAGGUGCUGACUGCUUCUCCACCCUCGCCAACAAGGUGGUUACGUGUGGAAACAGAUGGGGCUUUGUGCAUGUGGGAACGUAUGACAAAGGGUUCGUGGAGGCUUCGAGUGAUACGUGGAAGAAGUUCAGAAGUGUAAACGGGUUAGAGAAAGUGAUUGAUUCGGAUCUCACUAGCUCAUUGUGCUUCCUCAGUGCGGUUUCUGUUGGAUCAGUGUCUUCGUUGACCGCAGGGAUAUGGAUGUUGUUGAUACACAAGGACUAUGCUCUUGAAGUGACACUAUAUGCUUUCAUUAUUGGAUAUUUUACGGGCAGGGUAGGUUUGGCGUGGCUACAAGCGUGUGUCUCGGCUUACUAUGUAGCUUACUCUGAAGAUCCUCAUAGCAUGCGGUUUGAUGGUACGAUUCCACAGUGUAUUCAGCGUCUUCAGAUGUUAAGGGCUCACAGAGAUAACAGGGAGAGGGAGAGACAAGAGAGUGAUGAGUCUCCAUGAGAUUCAUUACAAACAUGUAAAGAAAAACAAGGAUUAGUACUUUUAUUUGUUUCUUUUUCAAGACCGUAGAUUCUAUUGAUAGUAAAGUUAGAUUCAACAUGUUCAUAUGCCAAAGAACUCCAGUUAAAGAUUGAAGGUGGAUAAUUGUUUCUCCUUACCUCGCAAAAAGUUACAUUUUAUAAGUAGUGAUCCGUUUUCAGCUAA